AAUCUAAGUGUACACUUGUCAAUUUCUUGUCAAAGUGUGCCACUGAAACACUGAAGUGGUACUAAGAGAGCUGUUGUGGUUUUUACAUUUAUUGGCAUAACGAUAGUUAAUAAAAUGGCAGAACCUUUAACAGAAAUACCGCUAAACAUCGAGGAAACAGUUAAAGAAGCAGUGAAAAAUGUUACGGAUAAACCACCAACGAGUAUCGAAGGCAUUGCGAUCGCCUACUUGAGUUUGGUCAUUAUGGCUGUCUUACCAAUAUUUUUCGGCUCUUUUCGGUCUGUUAAAUACCUGAAAGAGCAAAAGGAAUCUGGUGAACGCCAUGAGACCAUGUCUAAUAAGGAUGCGCUGAUGUUCCCACUGAUAGCCUCCUGUGCACUCUUCACACUCUACAUUUUCUUCCAGUUCUUCUCCAAGGAAUACAUCAAUCUUCUUCUAACAGGAUACUUCUUCUUCCUUGGUGUAUUAGCAUUGAGCCAUCUUCUUAGCCCUAUUAUAGCGCUGGUUGUUCCCGCAUCGAUUCCUAACAUGCCGUACCAUGUGCAUUUCACGCGAGGCGAUGGAGACGCGCGCACCGACAUCGUCAACUACAAGUUCACUUCUUAUGAUGUCAUCUGUCUGCUCAUCUCACUCUGCCUCGGCGCCUGGUAUCUGCUCAAGAAGCACUGGAUCGCCAACAACCUGUUCGGCAUUGCGUUCGCGAUCAACGGAGUGGAGCUGCUGCAUCUGAACAAUGUGGUGACAGGUUGCAUCCUGCUCAGCGGACUCUUCCUCUAUGAUAUUUUCUGGGUGUUCGGCACCAAUGUUAUGGUGACCGUUGCCAAGUCAUUCGAAGCGCCAAUCAAACUGGUGUUCCCACAAGACCUGCUGGUGAACGGUCUGAGCGCGAGCAACUUCGCGAUGCUGGGUCUGGGCGACAUCGUGGUGCCCGGCAUCUUCAUAGCGCUGCUGCUGCGCUUCGACAAGUCGCUGCGGCGCGGCUCCGAGCUCUACUUCCGCGCUACAUUCCUCGCCUACGUAGCUGGUCUUCUCGCCACCAUCCUCGUGAUGCACGUGUGGCGACACGCCCAGCCCGCCCUGCUCUACCUGGUGCCCGCCUGUCUCGCCACUCCGCUCACACUUGCCCUACUCAAGGGGGACAUCAAUGCACUCUUCAACUACGAGGAUCAGACGGCGGUGACGGAGACGGCGGAGGGUGACAAGUCAAAGAAGACUGAGUAGAGAGGCGCGCGGCCGCCGAGCACAAACACCCGCACACCAAGUACAUACAUAUAUAUAAAUAUAGACAAACUUACUUAUUAUGAGACCAUUGGAACUGUAUUUGAUUGAAUUUGGUGAGUGAUGAAAAUUUGUGCGAACUUUGAACUUCCAUAUUUCAUUAUCUU